CGGCGGUAGCGGGAGGGCGCCGGGUGGAUGGGCGGUUGGCGGCCGGUGGUGGUGGCGGCGGCGGCAUCUGUCAGGCGGCGGCGGCGUUCGGCCGGGGCGCAGGGGAUGAGCCUGUGAGGGCGGCGGAGCGCGGGGUGGGGGUGAAGCCCGGGCGGAGCGGAGCGAUGUCUCAGCCUCAGCAGCAGCCGCCGCCGCCACCGUCGCCUCAGCAGCAGCCGCAGCCGCCGCCGCCGGCCGCCGCCAAGAAACGGGACCGGCGCAUCUUCUCCGGUACCUGCCCCGACCCCAAAUGCCAGGCUCGGCUCUUCUUCCCGGCCCACGGGCCGCAGGGCAGCGGCAGCAUCGAGUGUACCGACUGCGGGCGGCGCCACGAGCAGCGGCAGCUGCUGGCGGUGGAGGAGGUGACCGACCCCGACCUGGUGCUGCACAACCUGCUGCGGAACGCCCUGCUGGGCGUCAGCGGGGCCGGGCCCCCCCGCAGGAACACCGAGCUCGUCAAAGUCAUGGGCCUCUCCAACUAUCACUGCAAGCUCCUGGCCCCCAUCCUGGCCCGCUACGGCAUGGACAAGCAGACCGGCAAAGCCAAGCUCCUCACCGAGAUGAACCAAGGAGACAUCUUUGACUGCUCCCUCUUGGGUGACCGCGCCUUCCUCAUCGAGCCGGAGCACGUCGAGACCAUCGGUUACGGAAAGGACCGCUCUGGCAGCCUCAUCUACCUGCACGACACUUUGGAAGACAUCAAGAAGGCCAACAACAGUCAGGAGUGCCUCAUUCCCGUCCACGUGGAUGGAGAUGGCCACUGCCUCGUCCACGCGGUCUCGCGGGCGCUCGUUGGCAGGGAACUGUUCUGGCAUGCUCUGCGAGAGAACCUAAAGAAGCAUUUUGAGGAGAAUCUGAGUCACUACAAGGCGCUUUUCCAUGACUUUAUCGAUGCAGCAGAAUGGGAGGACAUUAUCAAUGAAUGUGACCCUUUGUUUGUUCCUCCAGAAGGUGUGCCAAUGGGCCUUAGGAAUAUUCACAUCUUCGGUCUGGCCAACGUGCUUCACCGGCCUAUCAUCCUGUUAGACUCAUUAAGUGGAAUGCGAAGCUCUGGAGAUUAUUCAGCCACUUUCCUCCCCGGUCUGGUACCCUUAGAAAAAUGCAUGGGAAAAGAUGGCAUGUUGAACAAGCCAAUCUGCAUUGCGUGGAGUAGCUCAGGACGUAACCAUUAUAUUCCUCUAGUUGGAAUAAAAGGUGCUGCUUUACCUAAACUGCCUAGGAAGCUACUUCCUAAAGCCUGGGGAGUUCCUCAAGACCUCAUCAAAAAGUACAUCAAGUUAGAGGAGGACGGUGGUUGUGUUAUUGGAGGAGACAGAAGUUUGCAAGAUAAGUACUUGAUGAGGCUCGUUGCUGCCAUGGAGGAGGUUUUCAUGAGUAAACACGGUAUCCAUCCCAGUCUUGUAGCCGAUGUACAUCAGUAUUUCUACAGAAGGACUGGUGUCAUAGGAGUCCAGCCUGAAGAAGUCACUGCAGCUGCCAAAAAAGCAGUGAUGGACAACCGCCUUCACAGGUGCCUCAUCUGCGGGGCCCUUUCCGAGCAUCACGUUCCUCCAGAGUGGCUGGCUCCUGGGGGGAAACUCUAUAACCUGGCCAAAAGUACCCACGGCCAGCUGAGGCCUGACAAGAAUUACAGUUUCCCCCUCAACAGUUUGGUGUGUUCUUACAACCCGGCGAAGGACGUGCUGGUACCAGACUAUAACCUGAGUAGUUUGACUGCUUGUAACUGGUGUCACAGUAACUUAGUGCGGCGCGUCAGAGAAGAUGGGUCUGUUUCCUAUUUGGAUGGAGACAGAACUAAUACCAGGUCUACAGGUGGCAAAUGUGGCUGUGGAUUCAAGCACUACUGGGAAGGUAAAGAGUAUGAUAACCUCCCUGAAGCUUUUCCUAUCACUCUAGAGUGGGGUGGAAGAGUGGUGAGAGAGACAGUCUACUGGUUCCAGUACGAGAGUGACACAUCUCUGAACAGCAACGUGUACGAUGUGGCCAUGAAACUGGUUACCAAGCACUUCCCUGGUGAGUUUGGGAGUGAGAUUCUCGUUCAGAAAGUUGUCAACACAAUAUUGCACCAAACUGCCAAAAAGAACCCUGAUGAUUAUACCCCUGUAAAUAUCGACGGUGCUCACGCCCAAAGAGCUGAGGAUGUCCAGCAAGGACAAGAGUUGGAGUCGCAACUCCCAACCAAAAUUAUUUUGACUGGACAGAAGACGAAAACUUUGCACAAGGAGGAGCUGAAUAUGAGCAAAGCUGAAAGAACUAUUCAGCAGAACAUCGCAGACCAGGCUUCCGUAAUGCAAAAGAGGAAAAGUGAAAAAUUGAAACAAGAGCAUAAAGGGCAACCUAGGACUGCUUCUCCUGGGGCCGUUCGUGAGGGGCCAUCGUCUGCACCUGCUACGCCAACGAAAACUCCAUAUUCUCCAACAUCUACAAAAGAAAAGAAAAUUCGGAUAACCACGAAUGACGGGAGGCAGUCGAUGCUUACCCUGAAGUGCACCACCACCUUCUUGGAACUGCAGGAGAGCAUAGCGAGAGAAUUCAAUAUUCCUCCCUACUUGCAAUGUAUUCGCUAUGGUUUUCCUCCUAAAGAGCUUCUGCCUCCCAAAGAAGGGAUGGAAAACGAGCCCGUUCCUUUGCAGCACGGUGACAGGAUUGCCAUAGAAAUCCUGAAAGGUAAGGAGGAAGGCAGGCAGUCUGCCUCAGCACACUCUGCCCGGGCCGGGAAGCAUGAAGAUGUUGCUGUGACGAGUAAAAUCUCAUCGAAGGAGCUGCAGGAACAAGUCGAUAAGGAGAUGUAUUCUCUGUGUCUUCUAGCAACGUUAAUGGGAGAAGAUGUUUGGUCUUACGCAAAGGGGCUUCCUCAGCUGUUUCAGCAGGGUGGAGUAUUCUACAGCAUAAUGAAGAAAACCACAGGUCUGGCUGAUGGCAAGCACUGUACUUUCCCACACCUGCCUGGUAAAAACUUUGUGUACAACGCGGCAGAAGACAGAUUAGAGCUGUGUGUGGAUGCUGCUGGGCACUUCCCCAUCGGUCCCGACGUGGAAGAGCUGGUUAAAGAGGCCUUAAGUCAAGUGAGAGCAGAAGCUACUUCAAGGAGCAGGGAAGCGAGCCCGUCGCACGGGAUGCUGAAGCUGGGCAGCGGUGGAGUGGUGAAAAAGAAAUCUGAACAGCUGCAUAACGUAACUGCGUUUCAAGGAAAGGGCCAUUCCUUAGGAACUGCAUCCAGUAGUCAACAGCACGAUCCGAGAGCCAGGGAAACACCACUUUUAAGAAAGCAUAGCACAGAAACGGACUUCAGUCCUUCUGCUAAAAUGGAGCCUUCCGUAUUCACCGCUGCCUCCGGUAACAGCGAGCUGAUCCGAAUCGCGCCGGGAGUCGUGACGAUGAGAGACAGCAGGCAGCUCGACCCCACUCUGAUCGAAGCCCAGAGGAAAAAAUUGCAAGAAAUGGUCUCUUCCAUUCAGGCUUCGAUGGAUAGACAUUUGCGGGAUCAGAGCACGGAGCAGUCGGCGUCGGUCGAUGCGUCUCCGAGGAAAACAGAGGCAGGGAGUUCGACUGCCAAAACUGGGAGCUUUCAGGCUGGUUUGCCCGAAUCGUUCUCCGGUACCGAACGCUUGAACACGGAAUCAACUGAUGGUAACGGGGUGAAUUCUGGGGGAACAACAUUCCCUGCGAGGUCUAAAGCACAAAAGGGCAAUUCUGUUGAGGAGCUUGAGGAGAUGGAUAGUCAAGACGCAGGAAUCGCUAAUACAACUGAGCCGAUGGAUCACUCUUGAUAGGUUAACAUUUAAUAAGGGUAGAGAAAUUACUGUUCAAAAUGUUUAUUGGCUGGGCCACACAAAGUGAUUAGUUAUUAAAUCUUGUAUGUAUGUCAAAGAUUAUAUCAUCUUAUUCAGUGCAUGAUAAGCGUGUGAUUUGGCAAUAGCUUUCAAUAUUACUAUACUGCUGCCCAGGCUGGCUCUGUUACCUGUAAAUUAGUUCUUAGGAAAUGCACUGAGAUGAGUAUCUGCUGUAAAUGUGGGUUCUUGAAAAUUCUUUGUAAUUUUUAAUUCCUUUAAAAGUCUUAAAAUUUAAGCCCGUGCAAGGUUCUUACCAUGCUAGUUAAAGGUUACUGGAAAGGCUAGAACAGGCAAAACUAGAAACAUGACCAAGUUAAUCCUGUCCCGGGUACUUAAUUCCACUCAAAAAUACACUAUAAACAUGAAUUCUCCAUAAAUUUCAAAAAGCAACUGAAACUAAACUUCCACUAAAUUUGAUAAUGCAGCAUUAGACAGUACUUUAAUUCCACUCUGCUGGCACUUCCUCCAAUUUAAAAACUUUUUCAUUCAUACAGCUGUAUACGCUUGUCAGAAAUCUUGGAAUAAGUGUAACUUUAGUAAACUCUCUCAUUUCUGCAUAUUGUCAGUUUAAGCAAGUUAGGAAAAAAAAAAAAGGCUACUUUAGUG